AUGCCGUCCGACCUAUCUUACUGGCUCAUCGCCACUCCGCUGAAAGAUGGUGAUCCCAAUGUGAUGCUCAACGAGGUCAGCAACGCAAUUGGGAAAGAUGUAGAGGUGGCUACUUGGGAGAUACCAGAGUUGAAGGCCGGAACGCUUUCCUCCCUCCUUACCCUAUCUGACGCCCUCCCCAAAUUAGACUCCCAAUUCACCUCGACCGUCUCCAAAUUGCUCGAUACACUCCGUUCACUGGUCUCGGACGACUCAGCAAAAGUCGCCCAGCACGCCAGAGUGAACGAUAGACCCGCUGAAGAGUUCUUGUUAGGCGGUGGAGGUGGGUUCAGGUGGGACAAAGGGAGAUGGGGUAGUGGUGGAAAGGUAUUGGAGGUUGUGGAAGCUUUAACCAAGGAAAUGAACUCUAUAGAUUCAACGCAGAAACAGAAAUCACAAUCUUACAACCUAGCUAAAGGUAGUUUGACGACUUUACAACGUAAACAACAGGGUAAUCUGUCACAACGUUCUUUACUUGACGUGGUAAACAAGAACGAUUUGGUGGAGAAUAGUGAAUUCAUGGAGACUUUGAUUGUCGCUGUACCAAAGAAUUUACAAAAAGACUGGGCAGAUAAAUACGAGAGAUUGACGAAUAUGGUUGUACCUCGAAGUUCUCAACGAAUCGCUACGGAUGAAGAUUAUUUCCUCCAGACUGUAACGGUGUUCAAGAAGGUCAAGGAGGAAUUCAUACAUAAAUGUCGUGAAAACAAAUUCAUAGUACGAGAUUUCAAAUGGGACGAUUCGGCUUUGGAGAAACAAAAGAAGGAAUUGGCAGAGCUAGCUAUAGAAGAGAAAGAAUUAUGGACAGAGCUCUUACGUCUCACUCGAAUAAACUUCUCAGAAGCGUACCAGAUCUUAGCUCAUCUCAAGACUGUUCGAUUGUUCGUGGAGAGUGUCUUGAGAUAUGGUUUACCGGCGGAUUAUGCUGGUGUGAUUGUGAAGCCCGAACCCAAAACAGCCGUCAAGACACUCCGAUCUUUAUCUGAUCAUUACACCUACCUCGCAUCAGCAUCUCGUGGUCCAUCGACCAAGAAGACUAAAUCUGGCGGUACGACAGCGGGCAGCGAGGACGUAGGAGGUGAAUGGGCGAGCGUGAUGGAAGCUGAAUAUUACGAUUUUGUAUUGUUUGAAAUACCAAAAGUUAUCACUUAG